AGUGUGGCCUGGGCGCAGAGGAAACCCGGUCCUAGUCGCCCUCACCUGAGCAGCUGGUCCAGCCAUGGCUCUGCGACCCUCUCUCCGGACUCUCCGCGAGCUGCUGCUGCUGCAGCUGCUGCUGCUUAGUGGAGCGGUGUGCGGGGCGAGGGCUGAGGGCGGAACCGAGAGUCCGGUGCGGACCGUCCAAGUGGAGACCCUGGUGAAGCCCCCCGAACCGUGUGCGGAACCCGCGGCUUUUGGAGACACGCUCCACAUUCACUACACGGGCAGCUUGGUAGAUGGACGCAUUAUUGACACCUCUCUGUCCAGGGACCCUCUGAUUAUAGAACUUGGCCAAAAGCAGGUGAUUCCAGGUAUGUGGCCUGUCUGUGCCCCAUUCUACCUCAUCCUAACCUAAAUCCAU